AUGGCGGUUCUUUUAGAUCUUCCAGCAGAGACGUUAGUCCAAAUAUCUCAACAUGUGAACCUCAACGGUGACCUGUCUCGAUUCCGACAAGUGAACUCUCGACUCAACGAUAUAUCACAAGGGCAAUCUCGUCACUUUCUAGAUAACCUUCGUCGGAGAUAUGGUCUCAGAUCGCACAUUGUGGACCUUUACUUCCGAAGAAAGUUAGAGUCAAGUGCCUCAAAAUCCAAUGAACCAAGGCUGGCGAAUGUGUUGGCUCUCGACCAUUUGCUGCGCAGUAUGGAGACUCUUGCAGAAGACGUAGACAGGGCAUUGCGCUCAAGGACAAAUAUACACGAAAUCCACGCUCCACACAUCGACCGAGAGUCGUUCUUACUCUUCGCGAUCCUCAGUCACCUUCUGAGACUUUCACAGACGGUGCUCUCCAUGACUGGCACCGUUCUGGCACCAUGUAGCAGUGGGGAGACGUUUGCACCCAAGUUGUUGGGUCCUGGCUUUGUUCAGUUCGUCCAGCACGAAUUGGAGCUAUCGGAUCUCGAGUCAAUCAUUUCGGUCAUUAAUGUGUGUGCUACGAAGCUGUGGAGCACGAUUUUCUUGUUUAGACCCAAAGACUCGACAGUGAGCAGCUUUGGUAGUCUGAGUGGGUACUCGUUCAACACAGACCAGGCGAUCUUGACAGAGCAUGUCAUCUGGAAGGGUCCGAAAUGGGUUUCACAAAUCUUGACAAGGUACGGAGCUUCGUCCGUGGAUAAGGGCGAUGCGAGUUCCAUGGCACGAGACCAUGAAGAGCGCAACGACCAGAUUGUCACCGAAGGAGUUUGGAGGGGUUCUCACGAGAACGGGGCCCUGCUUGCAGCAAACGGAGUAGCUCGACUAUUGUGGAAAGAACGGCAACAAAAGAUCGAGCAAGUGAAAAGGGGGGACGUUGUGCAGGCGGUGGCAAUUACCAAUAUGCAGACUAAUCCGGUUGUAUGGCGAGGUUCUGCAGGAGACAUGUAA